CUUCUCGCUAUCAACAUGUAUGAACCAUCAGAUGCAGAUUUCACAGAUGCCGAUGCCGAUGCUGGGUACGUUGACGAGGAUGAGGAGGAGAUGCCGAUGGCUGAACGCGAGCUGGCCGAAGAUGCCAUGUGGAAGAUGAUACAGAAGAACACCUUCACAAGAUGGGCCAACGAACAUCUGAAGGUGAUUACUCAAAGUCUAGCUAGUUACUUACUAUUCACUUAA